AUGCGUUCUCUCGUACUCGUUCUCUUCCUCAUCGGCAGUGCUCAUGGUCUUUUCGGCACCAUCACCAACGUCAUCAACACUGUUGGUAACACAGUUCAAUCCGCAGCCAAUCAAAUUGGUCAAACUGUUUCAAAUUUAUGGAACGGUGCAACAAAUCAAGUUGGCACAGUCGUCGGUAAUGUUGUUGACAGUGCUGGAAAUAUCUACGGACAACUAGUUAAUACAGCUAAUGGUGUUCAAUUUGCUGCUAAUUUCCUCUGGGAUAACGUUUUCGGUCCAGCUUACGACUUAAUGAUCGAAGGCGGUCAAUUAUUUCUUGACGAUAAAUUCGGAAACAUUGUUAGCACUAUUGGUCGUCGGUCCAUUGUUGCUGAAAAUAUUCUUUCAGAAAAGUUCGCUGAAUUGACAGCUCGUUUCAAAUCAAAUAUUCAUCAAUUAUUUAACGAUUUAUUUCAAAUGGAAAAGGAAGCUCUUAUUGCUUUACAGAAAGGCGAAAAACAAUUAGAACAAAGCAUCCGAGCAUUCUACGCCCGUAUGGCCGAAGUCGAAAACCAAAUCAAACAAUGGGCUGCUGAAACGAAAUACGAAUUACAAACGCAUGCACUUACCGUUCAAGGCGAUUGGGUACAUAUUCUCAAUCAAUACAGUCAAAACAUCGACCUCAGUGCUCAAACACUCACACAAAUGUUCCAACGCUUAGCUCAAGAUUUAAUGAAAAAUCUUCUCGAAGUUGCACUCAGUGCCGUGCCUAACGCGUUAGCCAUUGUUGAUAACUUGAAACAACAAGGCCUUCUUUCAUUUUAUAAUCAUUGA